GAAAAGUGAACCAAAGAGUGUAAGAAAGGAAAAAGGAUUAGGAUUGAGAAGAAAAGCUUAACCAUGAAGUCACUCUCAAAUCAAUCCAACACAGCAACAAAGACAAUCAAACCAAUCCAAUCCACACACGACACCAACAAAACAACACAACACUACACUCUUCCGUAGAAUUCAAUGCAAAACAUCCUCUUUCUUUGUAUUCUCUACAUUUUCCCCACCUCAUAAAAAUCCCAACUUUUCUUCCAAAUUCACAUUUUCACAACAACCCUUUUCAUUUUUUUAUUUAAAUCCUUCAAAUUCACAACCAAAACAGAUUUUCAUCCAUUUUCCCAUCUGGGUUUUUAAAAAAAUCUGAUUUUUUGAAGAAAAAAAAUGAAUUUUAGAAAUUUGGAAGAUUUCUGGGCUUUUUAUGUGAGCCAACAUUCAAAAAGAGCAACAAGACAUUGGCACUUUGUUGGAACGUUUUUGAGUUUAUUGUUUUUGUUGUGUUCUUUUUUGUUUAGUUGGUGGUUUUUGUUGUUUGUUCCUUUAUCUGGUUAUGGAUGUGCUUGGUAUAGUCAUUUCUUUGUUGAGAAGAAUGUUCCAGCUACUUUUGGUCAUCCCUUUUGGUCGUUUUUGUGUGAUUAUAAGAUGUUUGGGUUGAUGCUUACUGGACAAAUGGAUAGAGAGAUCAAGAGGCUUGGAAAAAGACCUGUGUUGCAAGGGUUUUGAUUUAUGUGUGAUUGGUUGGUCCUUCUUGUUUGAGUCUCUCUGCAGGUUUGUCAGUUUGUUAUUUUGAGCUUUGUAGUGCUUCUUCGGAUCGACAUCGAUACAAGAAACCUUGAAGCGCAGAUGGAUUCAUGUGGUCAUGCAGUGAGAAUGAAGGGGUUGUAUAGUGUUCAAAAUUUAAGAGUAUGAUAUGAAGCAUAUCACCACUUGAAAAGUUGUAACUAAAUAAUACCAAUUUUUAUGUGGUGUGUUCUAUCUAAUGCAGCAUACACUUAUGUGCAUUCUAACAAUUUUUUCUUUACUAAUAUACAAUUUUCCUGAAAA